UACGGUCUUCUGUCUCCGCCCCCCGAAAGACGUUUCGUGAGCUGCAGCUGGCUGGGAAGGUCAUGCGGUAAUUGAAAUGUCGGAAGCAUGGAGGUACCCCACGUUUUUAUUAUGCCUUUAUGGGUUUUUUUCAAACCUCAGACCUUUAGAACCCUUCCUUACCGCAUAUUUAAUGGGACCUGACAAAAACUUAACCGAGACCCAGGUCGUAAAUGAAAUGUACCCCGUGUGGACCUACUCCUACCUGGCACUGCUGUUUCCCGUCUUCCUGGCCACGGACUACCUCUGUUACAAGCCCGUGAUCAUCCUGCAGGGGGCGAGCUUCGUUGCGACGUACAUUAUGCUGGUGAAUGCCCAGGGGCUACGGGCCAUGCAGCUGCUGGAGUUCUUCUUCGGGGUCGCCACGGCGGCUGAGGUGGCAUACUUUUCCUAUAUCUACAGUGUGGUGGAGCCUGUGCAGUACCAGAAGGUCACCGCCUACUGCCGAGGUGUCACGCUGCUGGGCUCCACCGUGGGCUCCCUUGCUGGGCAGAUCCUGGUGUCCGUGGCGAAGGUCCCCCUCUUCCACCUCUGUGUCGCCACACUGGUGUCCAUAAUUCUGGCUUUCUUCGCUCCCUGGUUCCUUCCCAUUGCCAGCAGGAGCUUGUUUUUCCACAAAAGUGACAGCGUCGUCCUGGCAGAAGACCCUACAAAAGGGGCAGUUUGUGUCUCCAUGGAGAAUCUGAGCAAGGAGAAGGUGGAGGACAAUGAAUGCAAGAUACUGCUUGAGCACAACAUCCCUGCGCCUUUGGCCAAGGUUCCACAGCCAGCCGUUGGGAGUGUUGGUGGUCUUGAUGUGUUGAAGAUUCUCUGGGGCGACUUCCUGCAUUGCUACUCGUGUCAUACUCUCCUGGCCUGGUCUUUAUGGUGGGCUUUGUCCACCUGUGGCUAUCUACAGGUGGUCAACUACACCCAGGUCCUGUGGGAGAACAUUGUUCCUUCUCAGAAGUUUAUGAUCUACAACGGCUAUGUGGAGACGGUCUCAACUGUGCUAGGUGCUUUGAUGGCAUUUAGCGUGGGCUUUGUGACGAUCUCCUGGACAACCUGGGGAGAAUUGUGCCUUUGCGGCUUCACCAUUGUCAUAGCAGUGGCGGUGUAUCUUAUGGACACUGUGGAGAACAUAUGGGUGUGCUACGCCUCCUAUGUCAUCUUCAGAGGCACUUACAUGCUGCUCAUCACAAUCGCCACCUAUCAGAUCGCUGCUAACCUUAACAUGAGGAGGUACGCCUUCGUCUUCGGAGUGAACACCUUUAUGGCCCUGAUGCUACAGACCAUACUGACUCUGAUUGUGGUCGACUCCGUUGGACUCGGCCUUGAUAUUGUUUCUCAGUUUUUCAUCUACGCCUGCUAUUUUGCGACCAUCGCCAUAGUCUUCCUAGCAGCUGCACUGCGCCGGCUGGCAGUGAGGUGUCGGGCCCGGCCGUCGAGUGCGAGCGGGAGUAAGGACACGGACUUGGACUCGGUUGGGGGUGUCUCGUCUCUCCAUGACCCAGAAGUGAUCCUGCCUGUGGAUGACCGGCUGCCACCCCAGGGAUAGGAGAGUGAAGAGACCAUUAUUUCUGUUGUCGUUUUGGGGAAUAAAGAGCACAUGGGCCUCUCGUUCCCCAGGACUGUUAUGGUGUGAAGAAUGGUGGCUGCAACAGCCUUCAGCGUCCCUGUAAACCUACCUUUACACACGCCACGUUAUCCGCACAAAAAAUAUAAUUCGUAAAUGUUACACGAAGAUACUGGUAGUAAUGGCAGGUCCAGAUCUGCUGGCAUGGAAGGAAACCAGAUGGACCAGCAUGACCUAUUUUAUGAGGAGAGCGUUGAUACUCGAAUGACCGAUAGUGUUACCACUGUACCGUAUUUUGUUGUCUCUGAAUGCAGAUAUGUUAUGUUACGCACAAUGAAGUAUUAUGCUACUGUUUUGAUAGCGACGGGGGUCCUGCGAAUAUCCCACGUGCAGCCCGUAAUGGUGGUGGGAAAAAUAACAUGCCUGUGGACAGGGGGUGUCACAGGGGCAUGGAGCACUUGACAGGGCCCCAGAAAUAUGUAAAAUUGGGUGGGGUGGGGGUCAAGGUGACAUUUUAGUUAGGGCCGCCAGGAUUUAUAGGUGCCCCCCCCUCUGGGUAGACAAAUGGACAAAUGCAGUUUGUAUUACAGGAACGCUGAUGAGCUGCCGUGGGUUUUGAACGCAGCAGAAUAGGGUUUAUGGGGUGUGUGUCCUUUGGGGGGGAGGUGAGUGUGAGCUUCAGCGUGAAUGUAUCAGACAUCCCAUCAAACCUGCACUGUCUAUAGCAAUGGGAACCUCUGUGAUUUACUGCUCAAAAUAUAAGAUUUUCAUGAGAUUUUACUAGAUAUUACCUUCCUUGGCAAGCAGUGAUUUAAAAGAAAACUUAAAAUUGUGCUUACACCAUGUGCCUUAGUAUUUUAAAUGGUGAGCUUCUAGGUAAGCUUUGUUCAUUGUUAUGUUACGAUGAGAAUUUAGGUAUUUAAAAUUAAAUAGAUGCAUUCACGUGUAAUUUUGUUUGCACAAGUAUUUUUAUAAUAAAGAACUACAAAAUA